GUCAUUGGUGUCAGUGAUUAAAAGUCUCAACUGUACAGUGCAGAGGUUGACAAUAAAAUACCGACAUGCGCUGUUUUGGCUAUAUAAUUUUUGUCCUAUUAUGGACAAAUUGUGUUCUCCAGAAGGUAUCCCAGCAGAUGCAAGUUGCAUAUGAUGAUUUGGUCAAUCUACUUACUGAACCAGAGAUUCCAACAAGUUGUGGUCCUCCACCUGCUAUUGGCAAUGCAAUGCUUCUAACCAACAGAAGACAGGAAUUCUCGUCAGGUGAAUCUGUGAUAUAUGAGUGCUAUAGGCUGUACGAAAUGGAGGGAACUCCAAUUGCAAAGUGUAAGAAUGGCCAUUGGAGAGGUGUCCCAAGAUGUGUUCAAACCUGUAGAGCUGAUCAAGUCGACAUGGACCGCAACAAUAUUCAGCUUAGGUGGUUUACUAAAUCAACCUCCUGGAGAGCAUCUGAUUAUUGGAUGGAGUUUGAGUGUAAACUGGGAUUUCGUAAGCAUCCAUUAUCAUCACCAUUUAUGAAACAAUGUGUAAAGGGACCAUGGGUGUAUCCCAGAUGUGUAUAAUAAGAGUUAAGUAUUUCCUAAUUCACCUAUAAAAAAUCCACACAUAUUCACUUAAUAACUUUCUCUUUAUAUAUUGGUGUGUAAUUAAGGUACUUUUAAAAAUCAGAAAGAAAGAACACAGGGGCAAAUUGUGUUGAUUGUUAUCCUGCCUGCUGACAUCUCCUGCUAUUGAUUAUUUGUGGGCUCUUUGGUCUUUAGAAUCCUCAGAAGUGAAACUUAACUGACAUACGUUACCACCAGAAGCACAAAUACUAUUCAGUUUUCCUAUUUAAUCAUAACUCCCCAUCCCUUCUUGAUAAUUAAUGAUUACAUUGUGUGCCAUCUGGAGAUCCCAUCUGAGGGAGCGAUCAUAGUACAGAACUCUGUCAACUCACCUUUCAACUCUAGACAAUUAUAAGAAUCCUAGUACAUAGAUCUGCUGUUCUCAAACUAUAUACCCCAGCAUUUCAGGUUACCAUAGCAAACUCACAGGAAUCCUGCAGCAUAUUUUAAAGGGAAACACAGUGAUAUUCAAUAUCUGCUGGACCAAUGGUUCUCAACCUUCCUAAUGCCGCGACCCUUUAAUACAGUUCCUCAUGCUGAGGUGACCCCCCAAUCAUAAAAUUAUUUUCGUUGCUACUUCAUAACUGUAAUUUUGCUACUGUUAUG